UUUUCCCAACAGGAUGUGGAAAAACUUAGUCGUGUGGCCUCCGUGGCUGCUUCCCUGCAGAAGUAAAAACUUUCGCCGCUCAUUGUUCAUAGUUGUGUUUCUCUGAGAGGUUUCUUCAUUACAGCCGCUUUCAGCAUGUUUUCCCAUUCAAACCUGAGAGCCUUCAGCGGGCUCUGUGUGCUCGGCGCGCUCUUACUGACAGUUUCGGCGGCGAAAGAGUCCGAGAGUCGCCCCGGAAUGAUUCAGGAGCUCCAGACGGCCCUGGCAGACCUGGCCGGGCGGGGAAGGACCUACCUGUGCAGACUGGCCGGGGAGCAGACGGUGCUGUCGGUGCAGAAGGCUUUCUCUCAGGUUCUGGGUGUUGUUGCAGGGGGUUUGGCUGGUGGUCUUAACGUGCUCCUACAGUAUAUCUCAGACUUCCUUGAGGCUGCUGGAAUCCAAGUUGUCUUUCCCAUCAACAAAGUGACUCCAGGGGGGGUGAUCUUUGUGGCUCAGUGGAUUCUCAUAGCUCUCAUUGGCUACUGGCUCAUUUCCCUCGCUUUCCAAUUGGUUGCCUCCACUCUGAGGCGGGCCCUGUGGCUGCUGAAACUGGGCGUGGCCCUGUUCUGUUUCGGACUCAUCCUGAGCGACCACAGCGUGGGCACAGAGACCAUGGCCAUCCGAUUGGCCGUCCUGGUGUGCGUCUGCGUCCUGCUGGGCGUCGGGACUUCGAGUGGCUCCAACGCGGCUGAGAAAGCAGCACACCUGGAGGAGCAGGUGAAGGUCCUGGAGAGGCGGCUGAGAGAGAUGGAGAGGUGGAGGAGGACGGAGGAGUGAAGGAGUCUUUAAUGCCGGAUGCCUUAUCUACACAUGAUGGAGCACUGUGCCCUGUAGGGCCACUGGAACUGCAAGAGAGAAGCCUUUUUUUACAUUUCAGGUGUUUUCUAUGUUUAAAAAGUAAUCCCUAACUUCUGAUUGGUCACUGAUACAAUAUUAUAUCACUUAGUUAUUCCUGGAAGCAGUGAUCUGUUCAGUCAGUGGUACAUGUCUUUGAUUUCAUACUGUUUAACAUAAUUCACUUCCAUUCACCAGGGUGCCACAGGAAACUGAAAGAGUUUCACUCAGCUCAGGACUAACAAUAAACUGGACCUGCUCUCUGCAGAAAAUCCCUGGUUCCAUCCACAGUGUGUUUGCAGAGAGAUCAACACACUCACUCAACUCUGUCUCCAUAAACAUAAAUCUGUUGUUUGAAAUGCUGUUUGUGCCUGUAUAAUCAUAUCUGUGCCUUUGGUUGUAGUUUGUAUUCAAUGCCUUCCACCACAAGCAGCAUCACUGUCCAACUCUUGUAUACAAAUCAGUUUUCAGAGGUACAAAGCCAAAGACUGUCACUUUUUAUAUUUUCUGAGAUGAAUGUGUGCAGCUACAAAUGUUGUUUGGAUGUCCUAAUGAAAAUGAAAUGGAAUAUUUUACAGAUGUAAAGAUGUGAUCCCAGUUAGAAAAGACUUGGAGCAUGUGCUGUAGCAGAGGGUGUACUGACCUCAGACUGUUCAUCUUCUGUUGGAGUCUGAGAGAUCAAGAUAAAAACCAAAGAGGUUGUUUGACAACACUUUGCACUGUUAGAGGAUAUUUCAGUCUCCACCUAGGUCUCUGGAACAGAAAUGACACAUCUUCUUGCCCAAUUUGUUGGACA